AUGUCCGGCGGCGCACCACACAGCCUCGGGCAGGCGCAGCGUGUGCUGGCCUGUCUGAACUGUCAGCAGCGAAAGGUCAAGUGUGAUCGCAGGUUGCCCUGCGCAAACUGUGUGCGUCAUAAGGUCGAGUGUGAGCCCGCCCUGGCCCCGCGCCAGCGCCGCCGCAGAUUCCCGGAGCGCGAGCUGCUCGACCGAGUCCGACGGUACGAGGAAAUCCUUCGCAAGAACAACCUCUCUUUCGAGCCACUCCAUCCCGAUGAUGAUAGCAACAACUACAGGAGCAACAACAGCGAAACCCCGGCCACAUGUGCAUCCUCAUCUGCCCAACACGCCUCGCCUGCCUCCCUGGUCGACUUGCAGAAAGGCACUCGAUCAGAUACCCCGGCAGUUGAUAUCUGGGAUGCCAUCAGACGAAAACAACGAAUAUUCAAUGGCCAGGAACGUACCCACAAUGGCGUUAGCCUCGACAGCGACGCUGGGGAGGAGGAUGACGACGAUGUGAUAAUGGCCAAUGUCGCGGCUGAGCGCGUAUGGGACCGCACCUACCACGACGAGAAUCACGACGAGUUCCUAUUUGGGGCCGGGUCGUCCAGGGUUGGCGUCGAACUGUCAACCUUGCACCCGGAGCCGAUUCAGGUCGUCAGGCUCUGGCAGGUCUACCGCGACAAUGUGCACCCCUUGCUGGUCGUCACGCACCCCCCGAUCAUGCAGACCCGCAUCCUGGACGCCGCCGCCGACCUGACGGCCAUCAAUCCGGAACUCGAGGCGCUCAUCUUCAGCAUUUACUGUGUUUCCGUCCUGAGCCUUGCCCCUGAUGAGUGCCUCCGCCUCUUCGGCUCGCCCAAGAACCAGCUCCUGGCAGGUUACCGCUUCGCAUGCCGCCAGGCACUCCUCAAGUGCAAGGUUCUACGUUCUGAAGACCGCGACUGCCUGACGGCUCUGUUCCUCUACCUGGUUUCAGUCGCAUACGACACACACCCGCGGUCCAUGUCGUCAAUGCUCGCAGUGGCGAUACACAUCGCACAGCGGAUGGGCAUCCACAUGGAGCGCACAUACGCCAGUUACAGCGCCCUCGAGGCCGAGAUGUGCCGGAGGCUAUGGUGGUCCCUCGUCACCUUUGACCACCGUGUCUGCGAGCUCUCCGAGUACAGGACGACAACCCUGACCCCGAUCUGGGACUGCAGGAUGCCACUCAACCUGCAUGAUUUCGAGCUGAGUCCGGAGAUGAAGGCGGCACCUCCUGCCCACGAGGAACCCACAGAAGCCCUAUUCGUCGUCCUGCGCUACCUGCACGCAGACUUCCUCCGCCAUAGCGCCGUCCACGUGACCUUUGCCAACCCAUGCCUUCAGAUGAUUGCUGCCCGCCCCGGCCACGGCAACAACGGUGGCGACCUCGCGGCACUAGAACGGCUCAUCGAGGACAAGUACAUCGCAUUAUGCGACCUGGCGAAUCCCCUCUACUUCACGACCAUCUGGACGACACGCGGGUCCUUAGCCAGGACAAGCCUGCUGGGACACUACUCCCGGCUCGCCUCGGCCGAAGCUGGGAGCCACCACCACAACCACCAACAGCAGCAGCAGCAGCGACAGGGACAAGAGGAUCGGCGGGGUCAGCGGGGUCAGCAGCACAAAGAACAAUCUGCUACAGGCAAGUGCCGCGAGUCAAUGGACAGGGACGAGGACGAGGACGAGGCAUCCUUAUCCUACGCGCUCACCAUGCUCGAGUGUGACGCGAAGCUCCUGGUGUCUCCCCUCUCCCGGCGAUUCGCCUGGUUCGCGCGCCUCAAUUUCCCCAUGCUCGCUUACGUCCACGUCCUGCGGUAUCUGCGCGGUCGCCGUGGUGGCGGUGGUGGUAGUGACACCACCCUGAUACGCAAAGCGUGGCGCGUGCUGAGCGAGAGCUACGAGGCUCAUGCGGCGGAGCCCAAGCUCGCCGAUGCUAUAUUCUUCGUCUGCGCACGGCUCGUGCUUCAGGCCUGGGAUGCGACGCGUAUGGAGGGCCCGCCUUCUUUUACAGGGAAACUACGGAGCGAGGCGGAUCCGGCGGGGAUGGAGGUGCCACGGAUCGUGGCAGAUAUGCGGGACAAGACGGCGCAGCUCAGCACAGCGGAGCCCGCAAGCGGAGGGGGAGGAGGAGGAGGAACAGGAGGAGCUGCCGACCACCCCGCCGUCCCGGCUUUCAUGGAUCACGGCUGGCAAAACGUCAUGGGGCUGCAAGGAUUUCCGGGCUCGCAGCCUGGCGGCUACCCUGAUAUGUCUCCACUGAGCACAUCCGGCAUCGACACGAACCACUUCUUGAGCAUGUACAAUUGGAGGGUCUUUGGGUCACAAGAUCAAUGA